CAACACUCCAAGAAAACAAAAAAAAAAACAAACCCACUUCCCCAAAACUGAAGCAAACAAAAACAUCUCUACUGAUCUCCUAUUCUCUAGAAUUUCAGAUUUUGAAACCAAGAAAAAUGUUUACUACGCGUCCUCCACAACAACAUUAUUGGAGAAGAACAUUAUUAUCAAUAAGCCCACCACAGUCUUUUCUUCUUCUGAUACUACUCUGCUUCUUCUUCAUCCACCACUGCCACGCCUCGAGAUUCUCGUCAUCAAGCGUUUUCUACAGAAACCCUAAUAAUGAUCACAACAACAACAACAACAGGAUGAGGAUGAGAGGCCAUUUCUUAGGAUUCUUUCCAAGACACUUGCCUGUUCCAGCUUCUGCUCCUUCACGAAAGCACAACGACAUUGGUAUUCAAGCACUUUUGUCUCCAUGAAUCAUCACUCUCCCUCUCUAGCUCUCUGGAUAAUUUAUAUAUAUACUACAAUAUAUGUAAUGCAUGCACUAAUACACAAAAUGAAGUACACGACCAUUCAUAUCGGUCUCUGAUAUGUUUGCUUUAACAUGAAAUUAGGGCUUCAGAUGUUUGACUCCUUUAAUUUGAUCCUUAAUCUUUUCCUUUGCAUAUGUAAUCUAUUUAGAGUUGAAGUGCAAGAUGUUGUGAUUAGGUUUGGGAUUUGUUAUUCUCACACUUUUUUUUGCUGUUGUUGUUUUUGUUGUUCUUGAAUAUGUAAAUGAUCAAGU